AAGCUCUCAUCUCGGAAGCAGAAGCGCGACUGGUCGCCUCUCUGGAAAUCGUAGCCGCUCGCUACACCAGGAGAGAAAAUUGAUGAAACAUUAAUCGACUCAGCGCAACAACAAGUUCGCCUCGCGCAUAAUUCAUAAUUCAGCGCGUACUGCGCGCUUUCUGUUCUCUCAUCUCUCUCUCGUAUACCCCUUUUGUGCACGAGCAAAAAAUAAAAUAUUAAUCAAUCCGCGCGCGGCAAAAAAGUUAUUCGCCGCUACAGCGCGUCGCGCAUAAUCGAAAGCCUGCGUCGCAUAAAAAGUUAUAUAGCGUCGGGAGAAAAAAAUUGCGGUAUAGAGUAUAUAACAUACGUUCGAAGAUGGAAAGGGAGCCGAUCAAGUACGAGGAUAUCUCGCGCCUUUACUACAGGCUCUUUCGUACUAUGGGAAUACUGCCCAGCUCCUCGUCGCGACGGACGACUCUUCUGCGCGUCUACUUUCACGUGACGAUCGUGCUCUACUACUCGAUGUCGAUGUUCGACGGACUGAGGAUGCUGGGACACAACGACAUCGAGAUCGAGUACGUGUUCGAGGAGGUCGUGAUCCACGGGAUUUGCGCGAGGUUCCUCAUACUCUCCUGCCGGCGAGAAGAGUUGGCGGAACUGCUGCUGUCCUGCGAGAAGCUGUGGCGCAUGCUGAAACCCGGCGAGGACCGAGUCGUCAAGAGCUACGAGAAGAUAGCCAGGUACCUCGCGCACUACAUCACGUGGACGACUUUGGUGGCGAUUUUCUUCUACAUCGUCGCGGCGAGGAUCGUCAAGCUGCCGCCCGCCGAGGUCAACGGCACCGAGAGAAGGAUGCUGCCGUUCAGGUUCUACGUGGACGUGCAGAGGCAGCCCUGGUACGACAUAGUCACGGUCCUGGAGAUCGUGGUGGUGUUGAAUAUCGCGAUGAUUGUGUCGACGAUCGAGACAACCGGACCCUUUCUCAUAACGAUGGCAUGCGGCUACCUCAGGUCCAUCCGUAACAGACUCCUGGCGAUAGCCGACGAGGCCGAGGGUCGCGGCGAGAUCUCGAGACUCUCGACGAUCCGAGUCGUCAGCUGCGUCAAGUUUCACCAGAAGAUCAUGCGCUUUUGCCAGGACAUCGAGAAGCUCACGAGCAGCGUGCUCCUCGUCCAGGUCGUGUGCACGGCCUACAACAUCUCGCUCGUAGGAUUCAGGAUACUGAAGAACGACCCCAACGCCGUCAAGUUCGUGCCGUUACUACUCUUGAACCUGCUGCAGUUGUUCACUGCUCAGUGGAUUCCCGAGCAUCUUCUCAGCGAGACAAUGGCUUUUCGGCAGAGCAAGGCGAUAGCUAACGCGGCUUACAGCGCGAGCUUGCUGCAUCCGGAGUACGAGCCCAGGGCCAAUCGAGCUUUGCUCUUCGUCAUGCUGAGGGCCAACCGACCGGUACAGAUCACCGCCGGGGGAUACAUGAAGCUCUCGCUCGAGACAUUCAAACGCAUGCUGACGAGCGCUUUGUCCUUUUUCACUGUUCUCCGAAGCAUCAACGACGGAGCUGGCGACGAGGGCGAAUAGUUAACGAUUAACUCUGCUACUGUUAAACGUAGGUGUCUGUAAUAACAUGACCUCGAGUACGAAUAAUAAAAAUGUCUUUUUUCUUCGAUGAAAUAA